CUUUGACAGUGACGGUUUGCAGGAGCUACUGCGCGUCGUUCGAUAAUAAUUAGUUUUCGCAAUUUUUGUGAUUUUUAAUAAGAUAAAUAAUACAAUAGUCAAUAACCAAACUUGUUUCUGUAUUUGGGUAUUAAGUGUUAUUGCAGUAAAAUUUGUUCUAGUGACGAGUAAAAGUUAUUGAGAUGGACAAUUUAAAGCAGUUUAAUACAAUGGGUUCUGACGAUAAUUGGCGGACCCAAAGCUUCCGACAGACUGUUAUAUCCAAAAUAGAUGAAGUAAUACAAAGGUCAGGGAUGCAGGUGGCACGUAAUAGCAGCGAGAUGGAGAACCAUGUCUUCUUGAAAGCUAAAAACAGAGAUGAGUACAUGAAUAUGGUUGCUAAACUCAUACUGCAUGUGCGAGAGAUGUCACAAGCCAAAGCGAACCCAGGCGCACCAAACAUGCAGAACCCUAAUCAAAGUCAACCAGGGCCCAGUCCUCAAGUGCAGAACCAGCAGCAGCCAACCCAGGGCCCGCCCAGCCAGCCGGGCAUGGCUACGGACCCCAUAAACGCCCUCCAGAACAUGGCCUCCCAGGGGACGAGGAACCAGAUGAUGAAUAUGGCACAGGGACAGAUGCAGCAAGGAGUCAUGGGUCCUAAUCCAGGCAUGGGAGGAAUGCAAGGUCAAAUGGGCCAACAGGGCCCAAUAGUGUCACAGGGCCAACCACAGACAGCCACAAAUCUUCUCCAAACUUUGAACCAACGUCCACAACUGAAUAUGCAAUUGCAGAAUAAACUUGGUGGUUCAAUUGGUAUGGUUCCGAACCAGGGUCAAAUGGGUUCAAACAUGGUCGGCGGUAUGGGUAUGGGAAAUCCCAUGGGGAGUCAAUUGCAAAGCCAGUUGGCAGGCCCUGGAAUGCAAGGUCAGAUGAUGCCCAAUAUAUCCAUGUCAAAUAACAUGCAAGUGCCUAUGUCACAGGCUAAUACUAUGGUGGGGCAGAUGCAAUGCAACCAAGUGGUGGGAGGAAUGGGGGGACAAAUGGCACCAAACAAUAUGCAGGGACAGAUGCCUAAUCAAAUGGUGGGCGGCAUGGGCAACAACCAGCUCGUGAACCUGAACAUGCUGCAAAUGCACCGCGGGCAGGGCAAGGAGGUGGUGAUGGGCGCGGGGUACGCGCAGAGGGCGCCGCCCCACAACCAGUUCCUGCGCCAGAGCCCCUCGCCCUCCGCCUCGUCGCCCAGCAUGCCCGGCCCGAGCCCCGUGUCCAUGGGUGGGGGCGUGUUGAGCGGCGCGCUGUCGUCCCCAAUGUCGGGGUUGGGUGGUCUGGGCCCGUGUACUGGCGGCAGCCCCUCACCCUCCACCAGUCAUCAUAUGGGGCAUCACCCACCGCAGCAACGGGUGAACAUGGGUAUGGUGGCAUCUCCGUCGUCAUCCCUGAACACCCCCGUGGGCACCAACGUGGCGUCGCCGGGGGGCGAGGAGGCGGCCUACAGGGAGAAGGUGCGCCAGCUGUCCAAGUACAUCGAGCCGCUGCGCCGGAUGAUCAUGAGGAUGGUCAGCGAGGGGGAGAAUGUGGAGAAACUGACAAAAAUGAAGAACCUCCUGGAUAUCCUGUCGAACCCAAACAAGAGGAUGGCUCUGGAGACGCUCAUCAAAUGCGAGGUGGUGCUCGAGAAGCUGGACUUCAAGAGGAGUGAGGGUGUCGGCCUGGGGCUACCUCAAUCCACCGGAAAGGAGCAGAUCUUCAACCCGCUGCUGGAGGUGGUGAACAACUGCCUGCAGUCGCCGCUGGCCAACCACACGCUCAAGCGAACGUUCGGCUCCACGCUCGACGCACUCAAUGGGCCGGAGAUCAAGAAUCUUCCCGCACCACCUCAAAAGAUGGCGAAGUUAGACGAGCCGACUAUGGAAAUUCCAGACGUACUGCAGGGAGAAAUAGCCAGGCUGGACUCGAGGUUUAAAGUGUCGCUGGAGACGAUGCAGCUGUCGGGCGGCGCGGGCGCCAUCUCGCUGAUCGCGCAACUGGACGACGUGCGGCUGCCGUGCGUGCCCGCCGUGCACGUGUCGGUGCCGCGCGACUACCCCGCCGCCGCGCCCGCGCGCCUGCGCCCGCGCCCCGCCGCCGCGCGCGCCGGCCCCGCCGAUUGCUUCCUAGCGCGCGUCGAGAGCGCCAUGGACGCGCGCUGCGCCAGGUUGCCGAAGAGCUGCUCGGUGGGCCAGCUGCUGGACGCGUGGGAGAUGAGCGUGCGGCAAGCGUGCGCGCCCGCGCCCGUCGCCUACACGCCCGUGCCCGCGCUCGGCCUCUAGACCACGCGCAGAUAAGUGGCGCUGGAUAACUUGCUAUAUCGGUUGAGUUGUUUUUGAGUUAAAUUCAAUUUUCGGCUGGUGGGAGGCUUUAGCCGUGACUAGUUACCUACCGACAAUGACGUACCGCCAAGCGAUUUAGCGUUCCGGUAUGAUGUCGUGUAGAAACCGAAAGGGGUGUGGAUUUCAUCCUACUUCUAACAAGUUAGCCCGCUACCAUCUUACGUGAUCCAUACCAUCCAUUAUCAUGAAUGUAUCAUCACUUACCAUCUGGUGAGAUUGUCGUCAAGGGCUAACUUGUUAAGAAUAAAAAAAAAGUGUCGCUGAAUAAGUUUUAAAAUCGGACGAGUAGUUUUUUGAGUUAAAUUGUAACAAAGUAACAAACAACCCCGUCUAGGAACGCCCGAAAGAAGCAAAGCUUUAUAGGCGUUUCAGCAGCAGGUAAAGUCCUUUUCAUGAAAGAAAUCCCUCAAACGCUUUUCUUUCUUUUUUUCAUUUGAGUAAUAACUCCCUGCGGAACCACUACGGCGACACCGGGGGGUGGGGGAGGGGGUGGGGUGCGAGCGCAGAAGCAUCGUCUGGUACACGACGGCUGAAAAAAAGACAGGGCGUCUCCUAUGAGACUCGGGCCUCGGCUUAGAGGGUCAUUCGGGAGGGUGCAACCGUGACCUGAGUAUCAGUCCGGACGCCUUCGAGAUCGUGAGUUACCACGUCCACGUGACGUUAGAUAUCGACCUCGUCUUCGCCGGCGAAGACGCUGUGUAGCUUGUGAUUGUGUUGCCUGGGAAGCGUUGUCGGUCGUCAUAUCAUCGUCUGGGUCGUAGAGGACGUUUUUGGGACGUCCCUGCUUGGAGUUAGCGUUAAGAUUGGGAGUGUAGUUGCAAGCCUCAACCACUAGUUGGUUGGGAUCGAUGGCAGCUCUGUCAAAAUAGUUUUUAGAGAGCUGUUUCAUGUAUUUAGCUAUUGUCGGUAAGUGUAUAUCUCUAUGGAGAUCGUUAUUGCGUAUAAACCACGGUGAUUUGGCGCAGAAAACGAUUUGCAAGGUUUGAAGCGGCCUGAGGGUCGCUUUGGGACAAACACUACACUAGCUAAGGUUAAGAUCGGACGGAUCGUGGUUUUGUAAAGCGUUAGCUUUGAGCGGGGGGUCCCCCAAACGCAGCGCUAAAGUUUUAAUUGCGCUCAUUGUCAUUUGGUAAUGGCGGUCUUAUUGUCAUUUGUGUAAGGCGCUGUCAAUUUUAGUUCACGUUUUAGCCGUGGGACUUCAUUCAUGAAAAGGACUCUACUGUGCGCACCGAAUUUGCCACUCUGUAUAUUUCAUGUUAUUAUCCAAUAAAUUAUUAAAUUAUAAGUAUAUUUAUAAUUUAUAUUUUUAUUGAGUUUGUUGUGGGAUCUUCUCGGACCAAGGCACGUUUGGAACCCGCGUAACUUUAAUUUUAAGUUUUCGACUAAUUAUUAUCACCAUUAUCGUAUAUUAUAACCUGACGUUUCGAAAAUGCUUGUAAACUAAGUCUAAUUGAGAUAAAUGAAUAUUGAUAUUGAUAUUAAUUAAACAGACAGACAGACAGUCUGUCUGUUUAAAUGUUAAUGUCGCAACUACUCAACAGAUUUAUUAUGCAGCGGAGAAAGUCGCGAGCGUCCGCUAGUAUGUAACAUUCGACGUACAAAAAUAAAAACGAGAGUUAUACUAAUAUAGUCUUUAGUAUGAAAGAGUAAGGUCGUAUUUGUAAUGUCUCGAUAAUUUAAAACGUAAUUUGUAAGGAAAUGUAAUUUAUUAUGAAGUUUCGUUCGAAAAUACGACCAUUUUAAAAUUUGUAAAUAAGAGAAUGAUUUAUAAUGUUAAAGGCCAGUUUCACCAACUUAAGUUUUGUCACUUACUAGGGUUUAAGAUCCGGUAUUAGAAAUUACGCCCUCAUCUGUUAUUCUUUAGUGACAUGAGUAAAUGAUUGACAUUUUUCAUACUAAAUCUAGGAGACCGUGAACUAGAUAAAAGGCAACUUAUUACAGUAAAAUGAAGCAUAAAGUAAGCCUUCAUUUGAUAUAUUAGACUACUAAAUAAUUGAUGAUUGUAUUUAUAUAACAUUAAUGAAUUGUUUAUAUCUGGCAACCUUACAGUUGCAGUGUGAAAGCAAGCAACCGUUACUUUUCAAUUUUCGGUAUAUUCUAUUAAUUUUUUUUAAAUUAAUCAUUGAGGGUAGGAGAUUAAAGAAAUAAAUAUAUAUAUAUAUAUAUAUAUAUAUAUAUAUAUAUAUAUAUAUAUAUAUAUAUAUAUAUAUAUAUCAUUUAAUACUGUACGGUCGCUAUUUAACUAGGCAACCUAUGUGCAGUUUGUCAAUGUAAUUAUUUUCUCAUCUGAGUUAAGAACAGAUGAGGGAUUUUUUAUGCCGGAUCUCUCACUAUAUAAAUGUCAAAUGACAAAUACAAUACAUGUAAAUAAGAUAUCCGACAUUUGAAGGUGGUGAAACUGACCCUUACUCUAGGGUAAUUUAGAUUAAUUAAGAAUUUUGGUAAUAUCUAUCAAUUAUAUAAUUAUUGAGUUGUUUUAAAUGUUAUUUUUUUAAAUGUUUUGUAUUUUCAAUACAUUGUUUUUACGUCACACUGAAUAGUUUAUAAUACAUAUUUUUACGUUUCUACUUUACUAUUACAAUAUUUAAUAAAGUAUUCAUACGUAAAUGUUUUGAAUGCAGUUUAGUUAUAAAUAUUUUUAAUUUAUAGAUUUCACAAAGAGAAUGUGAGGUGUUACUAUAAGUUAUUUCAUAUAAAUAGGAUAAGCUAACAAAGCAAUAUUGUUACAUUAAUCAAGUUUUUCAGAUAUAUUUUUUUACAUUGCAAUACAUUUGCUGUUCCAUGACAGUUUUGCUGUUCCAUGACAUUGUUACUAAUAACUCUGCAAUUUUUUGCAGUUUGUUUUUGAUAUUUAUAAGGCUGACCGCAUACAUUCGUUUUCCGUAUUCGUUUUCCUAAUUCGUAAUUUCGAUUUGGAAUUCCGUGAGACUACCGCAGGCUUCAAGUUUGUCUUCAUUCGGAAUUUCGGAAUGUUUAUUUUCACAAAGGUUCGCAUUCGUUACGUGCACGCAUAAUUUUAUCCGUUCGGAAAAAACGUACAUUUUUGUCAUUAAAUGUAUUCCAACGAAUUGACAACCUCCUCCUUUAUUGAAUUCGGUUAAAAAAAUAUGGUAAUUUUAUAUUCACGAUACAUUAUAUCCAUAUAUAUUUUCAUUGUAUACCAAUAUAAUAUAAAAUACAUUCAAAUGCGAAGCGUUAGUGACAAUCAAAAUAUACCAGUUAAUAAACACAAAAAUUCGAAACCGAAAAAAUCACCUAAAAAAUAGAAAAAGCAUAAAAACAAAGUAUCCGAAAAAAAAAGUUUGUUUGUGAUAUUAAUCUGUGAUAACACACAAAAUUCAACAGAUUAUCAUGUGAAUAGUUAUAAUUUAUGUAAGAAUAAUUUAUAUUGUUUGUAAGGUAGUUGUGUAAGGUAUGUAAGUUAAUGAAUAAAAUGAUUCUGGUAAUCAUUUAAGUGAUGAUUUUUUCCUAGUUCCAAAAAUGGUCCUUAGUUUUUAAAUUGUUGGUAAUAGCGUAAUAAUAAACAACAAUAUGAAAUUCCAAAGAUUACUGAUAAAAAUAGGCUAUGGAUGACUAUUACCUGUGCUGUGGUAUUUACUAUACUAAACGAUAGGUCUAUGAUCCAUAGACUAUUUUUUUAAUCUGUAGAUUUGUUGUCUUUAACACCAUAUUACACUUUUUCAUGUUGGGCAUUUUUUUUUAUUUUUAUAAUUUACGUCUCGAUCUCCGGUUAGCGAAAAUGUUUGAGAGAAUCAAAUUAAUCUUAUAAUGAAUUUAGUCCUAACGGUCUCUUGAGCAUUUUUUGCUAUUGACUAAUUUUUAUAGUUAGAAAAGUGUAUGGCGCGAAAAACAAAGAUAUAACUAAAUGAUCGAAAAUCUUUAUAUUUAGGUAAAAUGAUGAAAAAAAUAAGCAAUAAAUUUUGUACAUAAUUAAAUUUACAACGAUUCUUUUUACAUUUUAAAAAUAGACAUAAUUUGUAAUAUAAAAUCUUUACCCAUAAUAAAGUUAUUGUACUUGUAAAA